AUGACGAAGAUCAACAGCUCCCUCCACUCCUCGAGGAGAAAGUCGCGCAAGGCGCAUUACGAUGCCCCCUCCAGCGUUAGACGCACCAUCAUGAGCGCCCCUCUCAGCAAGGAAUUGCGCGAGAAGUACAACGUUCGCUCCAUCCCAAUCAGAAAGGAUGAUGAAGUCCUCGUUGUCCGAGGCUCCAACAAAGGCCGCGAGGGCAAGAUCACCUCAGUCUACCGUCUCAAGUACAUCGUACACAUCGAGCGUGUCGUCAAGGAGAAGUCGUCUGGUCAAUCUGUUCCCAUCGGUGUCCACUCCUCGAAGGUCGUCAUCACGAAGUUGAAGCUCGACAAGGACCGUGAGAACAUACUGGAGCGUAUCAAGGCUGGUCGCGAGAUCAAGGAGAAGCUGAAGGCGUCGAAGGCAUAA